GAACGUUAGUUUUGAAUUAAAAAAAAAACUCCCCGCAGUGGUUUAAGGAAAAUGGAAGGGGGCAUUUUGGUACGCCCGCGUUUCAUCCAAUUUCCGGUGAAGAUCCGCCCUCGUGAGAAGCUAUUAGGGUUUGAAAUCCCUCUGUUUAUUCUUAGUCUGGCAUUCUUCCACUCUUGAUCCUCCCCGCAGUGGGCGAAUUUUACUCGUCGAUUGAGCGAUAUAUAACCAAUUCUCUCUGGUCACUCAUCGAGGCGGUGAAGGUUUCCUCAUCAUCCACCAGUAAAGCAGGUGCAGGCAGAAGAGAGAGAAAUCCUAUCCUAUCCUAAUGAUGGAGAUGAGAAAACAUCAUAGAAGGAGUAGUAGUAGUAGUAGUGUAAUCUCAUACUACGAGAAUUCGGAUGUCCACAAGCGAAGAAAGAGGACGGCCACGGCUAUUGAUGAUCUCCCAAUAGAUCUAGUGUUAGAAAUAUUGCAUCGGCUGGAUCUGAAAUCCGCCACGCGAUGCAAGUCUGUCUCAAAGGAAUGGUGCUCUGUUAUCACUGAUCCUUUUUUCGCUAGAUGCUUUGUUAACUACAACAACAGUCGGCCAAUAGUGGAUCAUUGCCCCUUUACCUUGCUACUCCAGUGCACUAAUCGGCGAACAAAGAAUGGACAUCUCCUCUUGCCAUUGGAGGAGGAAUCUUAUUUUAAAUCUCUGCCUUACAUUCCACCAAUGUAUCAAGAACAACGCCACAAUGAGUUCAACAUUCAAGCUUCGUGUCAUGACUUGUUCUUAUGCUCUGAAUCUGCAGUUGUUAGUGAUCAUAGUACUCCCUUUUUUUACUAUGUCAUUAAUCCAAUUACUAGGCAAUGGACUGCCCUUCCUCCACUUCCACAUCAAUACACCGCAUCAGUAGUAAGGCGGCGGCCUCUGAUUGGGUUCAUAUGUAACUCCGGUGACAUUCUUCAGCUUAGUUUUAGAGUGGUGCUCAUUCCUGAAUUUGAGGGCAUGUCAACGGAAUUCAAGGUGUACAUAUUCUCAUCCGACACAAGUAAAUGGAGUGAGUCUCUGGUGUCGUGCCCGGCCCUUGAAGGAUUUGAUUUGACUUCUUUUGCCUUCCCCGCUGUUCCUUAUAAUGGCUUGCUAUUUUGGUGUAGUAGGGAUGGCUCCCUUUUUGGGUUCGAUCCUUACAACAGUGGAUGCUAUCGAUUCAUUCAGAAGCCCCUAGAAUUGGACACUUCCUUCGCUAAUGGGCGCCUUGGAGUAUCUCGCGGUGCCUUGAGGAUGGCCCGGAUUUCGGGCUUCGAUCCUUACGACUACUUCUCUGAUCCUGUUUUAUGCGUUUGGGAGUUCAAAGAUAAAGGAGAGGAAGGAGGCAAAUGGUGCUUAGAGCACCAGCUGUAUAUCAAGAAAUAUUCUGCUUUGAUGGUCCUAGCCUUUCAUCCAAAUGACCAGGAUAUCAUGUAUUUGGUGAUUAAUUUUAAGGUGGUAUCAUGCAACUUGCGCAGAAAAACACUGGAAGUGGUUCGCGAUUUGCCAGAUCCUUACUUUUCCGAUGGCAAAAAUGUCUUCAACUUUGUGCUCCCUUGUUGGCCAACUCCCAUUCAUUCUUCUCCCUUCCUAUAAGUGAAGGCAGCCUAUCUAUUCUACUGCUUGCUAAUGCUAAUGCUAGCUUGUGUCUUUAAAGCUUUUUGCCUUUUGGGGGUUUCCGUAUUAUGGUUUGCCUAAAUUAGGCUUUUGUGAAUUCCCCUCAAAACUUUUAACCUAGCAAAAUAUGUAUUUUUAAAAAAUUUUCAUAAUCUAUUUUUUAUGGAUAGUGGAUGCUUAUCAAUUAUUGAAUGUAAAACUAGUUAUUGUAAUUUUGAAUGAGAUGAAUAUUAUAGCCUUGCAUGGGCCUCUUCUGUUU